AUGUCUUCAAAAAGAGGAAAGCAAAAAGAAGUUGUGGAAGAGGAUUUUGAGGCGUUUGUACGCCACCGGUUGAGUUCAAUAAGUGACGACCUAAAAGAAAUGAAAGGAACUCAAGUCAAGAUUCAGAGAGACAUCUUCAAGGUCAAAUCAAGAAAAAUGAAAGCUCGAUUUCAAAACUGAAGGAAUCUUUGGAUACAAAGCUGGAGGUAUUAACAGGACAACUGUAUGAAGUUAACACAAGAAUCGACCAAAUCGAGAACGAUAUCACCAAGUAUGCAAAAGAGAUCGAUGACACCUACGAGAGAUUGUUGUCGCUGGGGAGAUAUUCUAGGGACUACAAUCUGAGAUUUUACAACAUCCCAGAAUCAACAGGCGAAGAUUGUAUUGCAAAGCUCCGUGAUAUCAUAGAAAAUGAUCUCCAAUUGCAAUCAAACAUCGAGAACGCCCACCGGAUCGGGCCCUUCAAGGAUGAUGGCACUCCCAGACCAAUUUGGCUAAGUUUUUGUAUCGUCCGGAACGGUUUAGAGUUAUUAAAAAGAAGAGGGAUCUACGUGAUGGUGUGCGCGUUUCGCAUGAUAUGA